AUGUUAUUGCCAUUGACAAUUGUAUUGUCAGUGGUCCACUGUGUCCUCACCAUAGACCUUACCUACCAUGUGGAAGAAGAGAGAAGUCCAGGAACAUAUGUAGCAGACAUUGCUGCGGAUUCUAAACUUUUAGACAAUGUUAAACCAUCUGACCAACAUUUGAUAACAUUCAGUCAAUUCAAACGAAAGGUGGCACAGUUAUUUAAUAUCACCAAAACAGGUAAACUGUACACUGCUCAGACACUGGAUGCAGAAGAUCUCUGUACAUUCAACAAAGAAUGUUCUAGAACUGUGAAAGUUAUUAUAAAGAAAGUGGAUAGUUUCACAAAAAUAUUAAAAGUCAAAAUAGUGAUUGAAGACAUUAACGACCAUGAACCUGAGUUUCCUGAAAAACAAAUAAUUUUACAAUUUAGGGAAGGAGAUCGAGAAGCAAAGAAAUAUUUCGAAUUGGAUGAAAAGACUGGCAAAGUAUUUUUAUCUAGAAUUUCUAGUUUGAAUGAAAAAACAUCUUUUGAAUUAUUUAUAGAGGCCAGGGAUGGAGGUAACCCACCUCUCAGUUCUAUAGCAACUGUUUUAGUAAAUGUUAUCAACCAACACAACAAUCCUCCGUCUAUUGAUAUUGAUUAUGUUAAUGCAAUCAAUGACAACACAGGUACGAUUUCUGAAAAGAUCAAAGUCGGUAGUUUCAUUGCUUAUGUGAUGGUCACUGACAAUGAUGUGGGACAAAAUGGAGAGGUCAGCUGUGAUAUCAAACAUGAUACAUUCAAACUACAGUCAAUGGGAUCUAAAGAAUAUAAAAUCAUUCUAAACAAACCAGUGGACAGAGAAACACAAGGACACUAUAACAUUCCUGUCUCCUGUCAAGAUAAAGGAUUACCUCCUCUGAAAAGUAUUAAAACCCUCUCUAUCCAAGUGACGGACAUCAAUGAUGUACAACCACAGUUUACCAAAGAUACAUUCCAAUUCAAAUACUGUCAACCUGUUGUGGUGACAUCAAGUGAUGAUGCUGUGGAAGAUAAUGCUACUAUGGUUUGUAACUAUACAUCAGAUACAAUGUCAUCUAAGAGAAGUGGUAGACAAGGAGACCUGAAACAUUAUGAAGAAAUACCAGGAAUAUCAGAUCAAAAUAUUUAUAAAAAUAACGGUACAUCUACUUCAAAAGAUUUCAGUGAAGAAACACCUGUGAAACAUAAAUACUGUCAACCUGUUGUGGUGACAUCAAGUGAUGAUGCUGUGGAAGAUAAUGCUGCUAUGGUUUGUAACUAUACAUCAGAUACAAUGUCAUCUAAGAGAAGUGGUAGACAAGGAGACCUGAAACAUUAUGAAGAAAUACCAGGAGUAUCAGAAUCAUUUACAUCUUGCAGAUCAAUUAAAGAUGAGCAGCAAUGA